UGUUAUGAUUUAUACUUAAAAUUGAAACUUCUAUAGUUCAUUCGUUAGUAUCAUGCACAUGAGUGUCACAUGUGAGGAUAAGAUGAUCAUUUCAUCCCCCGUUUCAUCCCUUCAGACUUCCAUAGUCACUCUCCAGUCGUCCCCUUCCCCUCUCUCUUGCUUUUCCGACAUAUUAUGGACCUCAGCAGCUCUGCUCCUCUUCGAUGAACUCCGCGGCGGCGCUGAGUUCAGUUGCUGUGGCACAUACAAUUGGGCAUGUAGCAGCUACUGUUAGUAUGUCUAAGGUUGCAGUUUCCUUCACCCAUAUCAUCAAGAGUGGAGAGCCAGCUUUCAGUGUAUUGGUUUCGAGGUUCUUGCUGGGCGAGUCCUUCCCUAUAUCAGUCUACCUGUCCCUCCUUCCAAUCAUCGGUGGUUGCGGUCUUGCUGCCUUGACAGAGCUUAACUUUAACAUGAUAGAUAAUCUUUGGGCACCGACGGUGGGGAAGAACUGGAGGAGGUGUGCGAGUUUGAGGGUGAGCGAGCCUGGAUUGGCCUCAUUGCAGUGGCUGAGGAAGGGGAAGGUGGUGAUGGUGGGCGGGGGGAAAGGAAGAAUGUGGGGACGGGGUGAAAGCAGGAAAGGGAUGAACAACAAAUUCAUAUGAUUUUUUAAAGAUAUU